CUGCUGUGCUUUGCACCCCGCUCUGCUUUGACAUCAGCUGUUCUGCCUACACACACCAGUUCCAUCUUUCUGGAAGAGACAGUGAGGCACAGAUCUGUGGCGUGAUGUUUGUCUUAUUAAUUAUCGCGGGCCUCGGAGUGGUGACGCUGCUGGUGAUUUUAUUCGCCCCACAUAUACGAAGAUAUGCAGCAGGAGCAGUGUGCAAAUCCACAUCUCGUUUGGAUGGGAAGACAGUGCUCAUCACUGGGGCCAACACAGGGAUUGGGAAGGAGACCGCCCUGAACUUGGCAAUGCGAGGCGCUCGGGUGAUUAUGGCGUGUCGAGAUGUGGAAAAAGGCGAGGAGGCUGCUGCCAGUAUCCGAGCCACAUACUCGGAAGCCAAAGUGGAAGUACGAGAGCUCAAUUUGGCAGACACCUGCUCCAUACGAGCAUUUGCACAGAAAUUCCUGAGAGAGGUCAACCAUCUUCAUGUACUUAUCAACAAUGCCGGAGUGAUGAUGUGCCCCUACAUGAAAACUAUCGAUGGCUUUGAGAUGCAUAUUGGAGUCAAUCAUUUAGGUCACUUCCUGCUGACGUACCUCCUGAUCGGACUGCUUAAGCGCAGUGCUCCGGCCCGCAUUGUGGUGGUCUCGUCACUGGCACACAACUUUGGCUGGAUCCGUUUCCAUGACCUUCACAGCCAGGGCAGCUACAACAGUGGAUUAGCAUACUGCCAGAGCAAACUGGCAAAUGUGCUCUUUGCCAGAGAACUGGCCCGCAGGCUAAAAGGAACCAAUGUGACGGUGAACUCGGUCCACCCAGGCACGGUCAAUUCAGACCUGACCAGACACUCGACCCUCAUGAUGAUACUGUUCACCGUCUUCUCCGUGUUCCUGAAAACUCCUCAAGAAGGAGCACAGACCAGCAUAUACUGUGCUGUGGCCGAGGAGCUGCACUCCGUCUCUGGGAAACACUUCAGCGACUGCGCCCCCGCCUUCGUUGCUCCCCAGGGGAGAAGUGAGGAGACAGCCAGUAAACUGUGGGACGUCAGCUGUGAGCUUCUUGACAUUGACUGGGACUGAGUCCCCUUUGUAACUCCCACGUUUCUCAGGCUUCCUUGGAGUCCCUCACACUUCUGUUCCCGUUCAUUUAAUUUGUUUCCUUUUGGUUUUGGUGUUCUGUACUUGAAACAUUUCUUUCUGAUACAUUCUAUAAGAAGUAAAACAAUGUGAAGGUUUUAAUAUUUUGUGUAAUAGGAUACAAUAAAUUCGGUAUUCCGGUGCUCUGCUGCAGCUUGUUAAACUAAAACCAGUCAACUUUAUCGACAGUUCAUAUUUUAGGAUUAUGUUUUCAUAACACAAUGUAAAUACAGCAUAUGGCAAAAAUUGAAACAAACGUUAUCUUUUUGUAAUGCUGUGACAUAUAAUGCAGUGUCAAUGCAGGGUAAAAGACCAGCAUCUUUUUCAUUUAUAGGAUUUCAUAUUGUUAAUUUCUUCAGAAUUUGCAGUUAAAUAGUUCAACUCUUGUGCCAACUUUCUUAAACAAAUGUUCAAAAGCAGGGAUUAUCUUCUACUAUGUAUUAGAGUGAGUGAGUCUCAUAUUUAAGAACUGAAUUGCAUAAAUGCAUUAUGUUUGGUUCUUGUAUUUUCAGAGUCAUGGCACUGCAGCACUGCUCACUUUUAUAUUGUCCCAAUUGGCACGUUUCUGCAGGAAGUAUAGGUUUAAGUUUUUAACGAUCUCACACCUCACUUCAGCAUUUCACAGCAUUCACGUGUAUAGUUGCCAAGAAUUUACAUUCUGUGUUUUAUACAAGUCAAACAUGCCUUUUACUAAAAUGACAUUCAUAGCAAGAGUUGAAUGUUUACAUUUUAUGUAAAUAAACAGAAACAUUACAAUGAA